AUGGAGUCAACGGUGUGGCUGAAGAGAAACGAGGAGCUUCGAGUUGCCGCCGAAGCGUUCAAGGCAGCGAAAAUGAGACAAAAGCCCGUGAACACAGAAAGCUCCGAAUCAGAGCGUUUGCAACUGCUAGCGAUAAAGGGACGAAAGGCGCGAGCACAACAGAUAGAAGCUGCAAACGAAAAACUACCGCCUAUAUCAAAUUUGAUCCGAAUUCGACGACUCUUCCUAAUCGGU